CAGUAUGAUCAGUCAGCACUUGCACGCCAGGGGCGUGGCAGCCUCGACCGGCCUGGCGGUAUGUGCCAUACUCAUCAUGCAGGCUGGAGAACCUCAGGGUCCGGUAGUGGGCGCCGACUUAUCCACUUGGAUGGACAAAGCGCUCCAAGGUGCUGCAGUGCACGCCGGAGUGUGCCUCUUCAGCGGGGUGACAAUCCUCCUGUUGACCGCCACUUACAGGCUGCUUUUCUGCCCGCUGGAGCUCCUCAAGGCGCCCGAGGAUGUGGGAUACAUCGUGGAGGACGGCCGCUCCAAGGCGCGCACCGCCAACGACGUGCGCCGCCGGAGGAAGACUGGAGAGCUGCCUCCGGUUUACCCUAACGGGUGGUACCGAGUUAUGGACUCCCACAUGCUGCGGAAAGGAGAAGUCAAAGAUGUAACGAUGCUUGGUGAACAGCUGGCAGUGUUUCGAGGAGAAGAUGGGAAGGCCUAUGUUGUCGAUGCCUACUGCCCUCACUUAGGUGCCAACCUGGCUGUGGGAGGACGUGUGGUGGGAAACUGCGUCGAGUGUCCGUUUCAUGGAUGGCAGUUUCGGGGAAACGAUGGCAAAUGUGAGAGGAUACCUUACGCUGAAAAAGUGCCGGAUUUUGCGAAGGUGAACACCUGGCCCAGCUGUGAAGUUAAUGGUCAGAUCCUGCUUUGGUUUCACUGUGAUAGCGAUGAGCCUCAGUGGACUGUCCCGGAGCAGCAGGAGAUCACCAAGGGCGAGUGGGUCUAUCGAGGAAGAACAGAACAUUUCGUCAAUGCGCACAUACAGGAGAUUCCUGAAAAUGCAGCAGACAUCUCUCACCUGUCUCACCUGCACACAGCAAGUAUCGCCAGUGGAGCCGACCUGCGCUACACAAACAGCAAAACCUGGCAGUUUGUGCGACACGAUUGGAAAGCUCAGUGGGCGCCAGAGUCCUUUCCCAACAACCACUGUUCGCAGAUGCUGGUGAAGCAUGCUCUUUACGUGUUUGGAUGCCACUGGCCUGUGUUGGAUCUCCAUGUUGUUGCGAGACAGGUCGGGCCAGGAGUGGUGCUUAUGCGGUUCGACCACAGGUUUUUGGGCAGUGGAGUUAUUAUGCAGGGCGUGACACCAGUGGAGCCCCUGUUGCAGUGUGUCUCGCAUACAAUUUUCUAUCAGUCAAAUAUUCCCGCCCUGGUGCCUAAAUUCUUCCUCAAAGCAGAAUCCAUUCAGUUUGAGCGGGAUGUGAUGAUCUGGAACAACAAGAGGUACAUCUCCAAGCCUCUCCUGGUGAAGGAAGAUUCUGCCAUCCAGAAGCACAGACGGUGGUACAGUCAGUUCUACAGUGAGAACAGCCCCCGGCUCCAAUAUCAGCGUGACACUUUAGACUUUUGACCUUCAUUUAACGUUAGGUCAUCAACAUUUACUGACACAUUAAGCAAAGUGUGUGUAAAAUAUCAGGCCCUCCACUAGGAAACAUUUGAAGGACAGCAUUCAGUUAGUUUGCAUUUAACCACAGACUGUGAAAGUGCUAUGCGUGUGUUUAGUGGUUAGUUACUGAGACAAUCUCUAGAAAUUCUUACUAUGCUUUGGAGCCUGAAUAAAGCACUCUUAACGCGCUGCUGCAACCUUAUCGAAAUGCACAUGAGGACAGAUUAUGUCCACGUAACAUGGGGGGGUUCAAGUUGAAAAGCAAUACAAUUCCCCAUGAUUAAGCAUUACUGGUGUGACGCCGGACUUGAAUGUGCAUGUGGCCUGCUGAAACAAUGUCCUGAAUUUAAAAUGUCUUCUACUUUCAAAAUACAGUGUAAUUAUUUAUACGUAUGCAUCCAAACCUGCUGCUGCAUGUGGCAUAGCUAACCAUCUCAACACCACGUCUAAGUGAACAGCAACUUAUUCCACAUGUCUUACAAGACUCAUAUCAGUGUCUAAGUCUCAGUGUUGAGCAAAAUUAUUGAAAAAAAAAAUGCAAUGAUGUGAAAAUCCCCAGAUAAAAGCUCCACAAUAUAUUGUGUUUUUUUUUUUUCUUUUAACUUUUAUAGUUGACAAAUCAACCAGAAUAAAGUUUUUUGUUCGGGGUUCAAAUAAUGGUUUUGUGUUUUUAAUUUUUAAAUGAACAUAAUAUCAAUAUGGGCCAAUAGUGACACAUUUUUGUCACAUAUACUUUGACUCAUUAAUGAAAGAAAAUGUAAAUAAAUAUAUAUGAAUAAUACAUAGAUUCAAAUAGAGCAUAAGUAAUAAUAAUAAAUCGUCCAUCCAUCCAUUUUCUAUGCCACUUGUCCUCACUGGGGUCAAGGAGGAAUGCUGGAGCCUAUCCCAGCUGAGUUCGGGUGAGAGGCGGGGUACACCCAAUGUAGCAGUUUUAAAUAGUUGUAAAACUGAAAGCAAAACAUAAGUGUAUUUAUCCGCAUUCAUUUUGUAACUCCGCUGUCAGAUAAAGUAUCUUUUUUCACCACAGUACCAUCUGCUGGAUUGAGUAGAGCACUGCACGUUUUACUCCAAAAUCUCAAUUGAUUGAGAAAAUACACCGACUUUGAAAGAAGGCGCGAAGAGAAACGAUGUCUUUUCGAAGCAAAGCGAGCAGAGAAGCAAAUAGGCGAGUGUGACUCGGUCACACUGCAACAUCAGGACAGCUGUGAGGAGAAUGGCAGAGCGACAGACAAACGGUGACAGAUGGGCUAACCAAAAGACAUCUGUUCCGUAAAGUAGGACUUGGCAGGGAGGCCUCAUCCUCACCGCAGUGGAAGUGUCAGGAGUUUGUGUUGCCACAUGAGUUGGCACGUGUGCCCCAUAUGCAGCGAGGUCUUUGAUUCGCACGGAGGGCACAGUGUCACCUUCCUGAGCUGCAACCAGGCGCUGCAGUGCCCUUUAUGGCCACAGAUGACUGCAUUACCAUAGUCGGCCUGCAGGAGGAGUUGUAGAGUUGUUAAGAACCUGGAGCUAUUUGCUAUCGUUGAUCAUGGCACUGAACUUCAAGUUUGAGCCUUCCUUUCAGUUCUGUGAUCUUGCUUGUGUGCAACCACACACAGUUUAUUGACUGUAUAUUAUUAGAGUUCAUGCACAUUUCCUUAAAUCUUAUGUUCUGGAAGUAUGAAGUAUGAAUUCUGCUGUCUCCCAAAAAAAUCCUAAAUGAAAAUAUCUGCAGCAGGACAAUGAUCCAAAACACACCAGCAAGUCCACCUCUGAAUGGAUGAAGAAAAACUAAAUGAAGACUUUGGAGUGGCCUAGUCAAAGUCCUGACCUGAAUCCUAUUGAGAUGCUGUGGCAUGACCUUAAAAAGGCGCUUCAUGCUGAAAAAGCCUCCAGUGUGGCUGAAGAUGAGUGGGCCAAAAUUCUUCCACAGCGCUCAAGAGACUCAUUGCAAGUUAUUGCAAAGGCUUGAUUGCAGUUGUUGCUGUUAAGGGUGGCCCAACCAGUUAUUAGGUUGAGGGGGACUUUUUCACACAGGAUUUUUCUCCUUUAAUAAAAAGUUUCAUUUAAAAACUGCAUUUUGUGUUCAGUUGUGCUGUCAUUGACUAAUAUUUCUGAUCAUCUGAGACAUUUAAGUGUGACAAACAUACAAAAAAAAAAAAAAAAAAUCAGGAAGUUGGCAAACAUUUUUUACAUCACUGUAAGUACCAGUCAAAUGUUUGGAAACACUUUUGCAUAGUAUUGAAUGGGAAAGCGUCUACAAAGUAAAUGUAUUGUAUUUUCAGAAAAAAAAAACAUCCUGCUUGUCGGGUUUACAUUAUCCGAACCAACAUUUCAACAUUUUCUUGUUACGUAACACCUUCUUGCUCUUCCCCCCCACUUUAGCUCUUUUUUUUUUUAGUAGUGAUUGUAUUUUUGGAAUGGCCCCCAUGACGCACUUAGGACAAAAAAAAGUGUCCAAAGUGCUAAGUGUUGAAGUACCAUGCUCGUGAAGUACCAGCACUAGAAUUUCCUUCUGGACCAAUAAAGAAUCUUCCUAACUCAUUCUUACUUGACCUCUCUUUGCCUGCUUUUGUGUAAAUCCAUCCACACAAUGACCUUGAAUCGUUGCUCUUCUUGCUUUCUGGGUCAUAGUCAAUAGAAGCUCAGGUGCACUCGGUUAUUAUUAGCAGCAUCUUGAUUAUUUUUUGUAGUGCACAUAAAUAC